UGGUACUUGUUCCAUAUCUUUCAAAAACAUUUCCAUGGAGUUUCAGCUUCACCCAAAGCUCAACUUUCUUUUAUGCUUAUUCAUCCUUACCCUUUCAUUUACCAACGCUCAAGCUACUACCUUUGGAUAUUGCGCUGAUGUGAACUAUGUCGUGAAGGUGUCUGGAGUUGAAAUCACACCAGACCCUGUUGUUCGUGCUAGGCCUGUAACCUUCAAAAUUUCUGCUGCUACUGGUGAAGCUAUUUAUGGAGGAAAGUGGGAAAUUACAGUUUCAUACUUCGGAUUUGUUGUCCAUAAGGAAAUCCAUGAUUUUUGUGAGCAAGUAUCUUGCCCUGUUGCUACUGGCAAUUUUGUGGUUGCUCACACCCAAAAGUUGCCUGCAUUUGCCCCACCGGGCACCUACACCGUGGAGAUGACACUAAAAAACGAAAAGAACAAGCCAUUAACUUGCAUCACCUUUAAUUUAAAGAUCGGUUUGGGAUCUUUUCUGUCUAAUAUCUGAAGUGGCUGGCUACGGAGCUACUUUGACAACUAUCUAAAUGAUCUGUGGAUAAUAAAUUUAUAUGAUAUUUGAGUUAUAUUUGAAAAUACCAUGUUUGGUAGAUAUAUUGUAAAAAUACGGAAAAAACAAUACUCAAGAAAUGUAAUUAUUGUUA